AUGGCUACUGAAGCUAUGGAACAGAUCCCUAGUGCUACCGACGAGAAAUCCUUCGACGCGAAGGAGGAGAAAUCUUACUACAUACAGGGAGACAUUGAGUCAUCCACCCAAGAAGCUGAAACAGACGAGAUUGUCCUUCAGAACGAGCGAGAGAUUGUAACUCACGUCAUUUCCGUGGACGACGAUCCUAGCCUGAACCCCUGGACCCUUCGGGCUUUCUUCAUCGGCCUUGGACUUUCCGCCUUUGGUGGUUCCUUGGCUCAAAUUUAUUACUUCAAACCUCAAACUGUCUUUGUGUCUGUGAUGUUCCUCGCCAUCAUAUCCUAUGCGAUUGGCUUUGCGAUGGAAACAUUCAUCCCACGUCGUGGAUUACUCCGAUACUUGAACCCAGGACCCUUUAACAAGAAGGAAAAUGCAUUCGUUAUCAUCAUGUCUAGUGCAGCUGCGAACUCUGCAUUGGCUACGGAGGUUCUUGCUGUCCAGCGUCUGUAUUAUAAUAUCACGCCGAACGCCGUCUCAUCAAUAUUUUUGUUGUUCUCGUCUCAAUUGCUCGGUUAUGGGAUCGGUGGCCUGAUGCGAGGAAUCCUCCUUUAUCCGUCAAAGAUGUUGUACCCCGGUGUUCUCCCGCUGCUUUCCAUGUUCGACGCUCUCUAUCGCGAUGGCUCCGAAGCACGCCGAAAGCUCAAGGUCUUCUACGUCGUCUUUACUGCAAUAUUUCUAUGGGAAAUGUUCCCUGAAUGGAUCUUCCCACUUCUCACUGGUCUCUCAAUAUUCUGCCUCGCUGCUCCUAACAAUGCUGCUGUCUCUCGUGUGUUUGGUGGUUCCAACGGAAAUGAGGGUCUUGGUCUAUUGUCCGUGUGCUUCGAUUGGCAGUACAUCUCGGGUGGUGUUAACCCGAUGACUAUUCCGCUGAAAGCUCAGCUCUCCACCUUCAUUGGUUACAUUCUCUGCAUGGUCGUCUUCGUCGCGGUGUUCUACAACAACAUUUGGGAAUCUCAAAACUUCCCCUUUUUGGCGCAGCUCCUCUUUUACCAGAACGGCACUGUCUACGACCAGACUUUGAUUCUGAAUUCCAACUAUGAGGUGGACCCCACUUUAGUCGCUGAACAAGGCCUGCCAUUCUACGCUGGUACCUGGGUUAUAGCUCUUCUGUCCACUAACCUCGGAUUAGCUGCGACGUUCACUCACCUCCUCCUGUGGAAUAAAGAUGACCUACGUGCAGCCUGGACUUGGAUGAACAUGGACACACUGAGGAGUUGGCGUGCUAAUUUCGAUUGGAAAUUCUGGAAGCACAGUGGAAAGAGGGAAGUCCCCGCCAACAUUGAGGACCUCGACCCACACUACCGCGAGAUGCUGAAGUACCCAGAUGCUCCGAAUAGCUGGUACCUCGUGACGUUUGUUCUCUCCUUCAUUGUUGGACUAGUCGUUAUCUACAUGACAAAUUCCACGCUGCCCUGGUGGGGCUUUGUCAUCGCAGUCCUCUUGGCCGCCGUGUCUAUCUUGUUCUUCGGCGCGUUAUACGCCAUUACCGGCAUUGGGCUUUCCAUCCGCAAAGAAGAAACCCUGGUCCAGAUGAUUGCCGGCUACCUGCACAACGGAAGACCCAUGGCAAACAUGUUUUUUGUCCUUUAUAGCUAUAAUAGUGUGGCUCAAGCAAUGCUACUAUUACGCGAUCUGAAGAUUGCUCAAUACGCCAAACUGCCUCCCCGCGCUGCAUUCACGGCCCAGAUCAUUGGCACCUUACUCGGCGCUGUUCUCAACUAUGUGUUAAUGAAUUCUAUCAUCGACAGUCAACGUGAAAUCCUGCUGUCUGUGCAAGGAACAAACAUCUGGUCUGGCCAGCAACCUCAGUCAUACAACUCGCAAGCGAUUGCAUGGGGUGGCCUUGCUCACGAGCUCUUUUCAGCUGGUCAAAGGUAUCAAUGGGUUCCCUUGUCUUAUCUGAUUGGCUUGGUCGCACCUCUUCCUUUCUGGAUCAUUCACCGUUACUCGCCGAGACUACGCAUGGAUUACUAUUACACCCCAAUCAUCUGUUCGUACAUCGCUUGGCUUUGCGUUGGAAUAAACUCUUCAAUUUUGUCGUAUUUCACUGUCGCGUUCUUGUCCCAGUGGUGGCUCCGUACUAGGUACCCACGUUGGUUCGUGAAAUACAAUUAUUUGGUCGGUGCAGCCCUCGAUGGUGGAACACAGGUCAUGGUAUUCAUUCUCUCUUUUGCGGUCCAAGGAGCUGCUGGAACCGCACAUCUUUUCCCGGAAUGGUGGGGUGCAAACCAAGGCGGAAACUAUGACCGCUGCUUGUCUCUCUGA